CAGAGGGACAGAUCAUGUUUAUACUCGAUGCGCCUGUGCUGUAAAGACACACUCCUGGACCGUGAAAGAGAAGCUCUGUCUCCCUCCGUCAGCCUCUCCAUCCACCUGCUCCCACAGCUCGCACAUCAAGAUCAUGGACUCCUUUACAGUGGUGGAAAACAUCUACCUCCUGGUCAUCAUCACCCUCAUUAGCGUGCUACAGAACGCAUUCUUUGCCCAGAAGGUGGAACGGGAAUGCAACUGUCAAAACACCAAAACCUCUGCUUUUGAACGGGUUUCUUGUGCCAAUCGUAACUGCAUGGAUGCUUAUCCCACUUUCCUGGCUGUGAUGUGGUGUGCCGGCCUGUGUCUCAGUCAAGCUCCCGCUGCCUUUGCUGGCUUCAUCUAUCUUGUCGUCAGGCAGAAGUACUUUGUUGGAUACAUGGGACAAACCAGUCAAAGCACGCCUGGCUACCUGUUUGGAAAACGUGUCAUCUCCUUCCUGCUCCUGAUGUGCGUCGUGGGAAUCUCCAACUUCCUGCUGAUGCGCCACUACGGCAGCGACUAUAAGGAAUACGUGGAGACCAUCACCAACGCUGCGUCGGCUCUUCUCCUCAUCCCUUAGACUAAAUGUCAACAAUGGCAGCAGCA